AAUGAAUCCCACUCAAACUCAACCGCACAGAGAAAACAGCCUCGGGAUUGUUCAAUAUCACACUGAGACAAAAAUGUCUCCUCGGCUGUCUUUCACCAACAUCAUCACCGUCUUCCAAAGUCAUGCAAGAGGAUCGAAUAUUUACGAGAAUAUUCCUGCAUUGAACCUCUAAUAUCUAUUUACAUUAAAUCCAACUGCGUUUCCUUACAAACCAUAUUUCAUUAAAGGACUUGAAAAAUCCAUGAACAGGCACUAAAAAUGGACUCCAGCUACCUGCUACUUCUUGGCUUGUGGACUGUGGCGAUUGGCACCGCGCAGGGAUGCCCUGAGCCUUGUAACUGCAUGGAUAAAUAUUCCGUUCAACUCGCGGACUGCGCUUCCAAAGACCUCCUUCUCGUGCCCGCUGGCCUGCCGACCAACGUGACGACCCUCAGCCUGUCGGCAAACCGGAUCCAGGUGCUGAAGGCCAAGAGCUUUGUCAACGUCACCAUGAUUACCUCUCUGUGGCUCGGCCACAACGCCAUUGUCACCGUGGAGCUGGACACUCUGGCCCCACUGGUCAACCUGAGGAACCUGGACAUCAGCCAUAACAAAAUCACCAGCUUCCCCUGGGAAGACCUGGUCAACCUCACUGCAUUGCAGCUCCUGAAAAUGAACAACAACGAGAUGGUGUAUCUGCCAAAGGAUGCCUUCCUCAACCUCAAAGAGCUGCGGUCACUCCGCAUCAACAAUAACAAGUUCACCACCAUUACGCGUGGCACUUUUGAGUCCCUCAGUUUGUCUCACCUCCAGAUUUACAACAACCCCUUCACCUGCUCCUGUAGCCUAGAGUGGCUGAGGGACUGGAUUCGGGGGGUGACCAUCUCCGUGCCAGAGCAGGAGAACAUCGCUUGUGAAUUGCCCGCACACCUGAAGGGGGUGUCUGUGGUGAAAAUGCCCAAAAUGGAAUGCCAGGCCCCCACUGUCACUGUCACCUAUCAGCCCAACAUUGAGAGUACUGAGCUCUAUGAGGGAAACAUGGUCAUCUUGAACUGUGAGGCCAAAGGGAGCCCCAAACCGGAGGUCAAGUGGGACGUGGUGAACGGGCAACAGCACUUCCAAUUUGCGUUGCCCACUUUUGUUGAAAACGCAGAGGCUCCGAUCAAUGACGACAAAACCAACACACGUUUCCUGGUGUUUCAAAAUGGUACCUUGAUCAUCCCACGCAUAAGCAAAAAGGAAGAUGGCAACUACAGCUGCUCUGCCUCCAGUGAACUGGGCAAAGCAGAGAACACAGUCAAAGUGGUGAUGGCUGGCACCCCAAAACACGCCAUCAAUUCCAUGCUGGACACAACUGCUGGCAAACCAGUCAGCAAGCCUGGUGUUAAGAUCUCUACAAACAACGUGAUAAACUGGCCCAAGUCUGGUGAAAAGCCCAAAACGGUUCCAACUGGGUCAGCCUCUGCUGACUCUGAGAAGAUAGGAGAAGACACAAAAGAUUUGCCUUUUGCCAGCAAGUGCGGCAUAAACGACGGCACACAGUACAUAUCUAACCAUGCUUUCAACCUGAGUCUGGACGAGCUCAAGCAGUACACUUUUGAUUUCGGGGUGAUUGCCCUGGAGGUGUCUGAGACGGAGGCCAAGGUGCAGCUGAACCCCCUUCAGAUGGCCAACAGUAAGUCUAACCUCGAGAUCAGCCGCACCCAGGACCUUCAGACAGUGGAGAAGGAGCCCUUCAGCCUGUACCAAACGAUAACCAAAAAAUCCCCCCUGGACAUGUUAUACCUCUGUGUGAGCACUGGCAAUGGUCACUCCGUUGUUCAGUGGUCUAAAAUCGAGGAAGGUGUCAACGCCUAUCGUUUUCAAGACUUAAAGCCAGGCACAAAUUAUACACUCUGUCUCACCUAUGGGGGCCAGGACUGUCAGGUCCAGGUUGUGUUUACCACCAGAAAGAAAAUCCCCUCACUGCUCAUCAUUGUGGUGGUCAGUAUUUUCUUGCUGGCUUUGGCCACUGUGCCCCUGCUUGGGGCCACCUGUUGUCAUCUGUUGUACAAGUACCAGGGAAAGACCUACAAGCUCAUAAUGAAAACCCAGAAUCCAGAUCAGAUGGAAAAGCACAUAACGACUGACUUUGACCCGAGAGCGUCUUUCGUGGAGUCGGAUAAAAAUUUCAACCCGAGUGAGCUGGGCGAUAUCGAGGGCGACGCGGAGGGAGAUGAGGAGGAUGGGGAAGGCGAGGCGGAGGGCAGCGUAGUGACCGAGUCCAUUCCCGAGUCGCAGUCCAAAACACAGGAAGAAUUCGAAGUUGGCUCUGAGUACAGUGAUAGGCUGCCCCUAGGUGCUGAGGCUGUGAAUAUUUCAGAGGAAAUCAACGGCAAUUACAAGCAGCCUGGUCGCUGAGUUCAUUUCUCGGUAAUGGUGAAAGAUCUUGUAAAAUAGUAACUUUUAAUCAUGUUAUCAACCAGAUAAUCUACCGAUCAUUUCACAUGUAAUCGCCCUGAUAAAGGUGGGUUGCCUAUUUUACCUCAGUACAGUGUCAAUCGAUGUAUAUGAUUUUUCAUAUGGAAGGGAGGUUUACGAAACUAAGACUGAGCGUUGUGGAUAGGACGAACGGAUCACCUGUCUUUUCUGAGAGAAGGAAAAUGUAAAUUUCAACCAACGAAAAUACUGGGCUACUUCAUAGAAAAAAGCCAAUCAAAUAAAACUUUGUAGUCAUCAGUGUUUACAUUUUCGACUGGUAGUUAACGGAAAGUCUUUUAUGAAGGGCAUAGGCAAGCGUAUCAUUUGUGACAUUCUAGUGUCCGUUUCAGCAGGUUCGAUUGCUGGACAGCGGCAGUACAUUAAACAUGUCCAUGCGCUGACUGUUCGUUCCAUUGUUGUUCGAGACUUAAGGUGGAUUUCACUUUACCUGUUGUCACGGCAUGUACAGAGCUUGGAAAAAAAAAUUAACCCAAGCCAAUUUCAACUGACUUUGUUAAAUGUAAUGUGAGACUCUAAAAUGUGUGACUUUAACCUCUAUGACGAACGGGUGCUAUCCUCUCACCUCUCUGGAUUGAUUCUGACCGUGUCCUUUCUCUUUUUCGAGAUACUUGUUCGUGGCAUGUCACACAGAAGUAUUUUAAUGUGUGUUUCAUUAGAAAAUAGGACGAUAGAUAUCCUAAAUGUUGAUAUGUGAUGUAAGCCCAUCAAAUUCAAAAGAUUUCUCUUUUUUAUGAUUAUAAAUAGUCGAUUUCUACUAUCACCUAUAGCGCAGAUGAGCGCCUGGAGUGUUCUGUACAUUGACGCAUAGUGACUUGUUUUGUGACAAAUUGUCUAACGAUGUUGUAAAAAUCCCCAAACCUUUUCAGAUUUUGAUAUGAUUUUAUGUACGUGACCUUAAUAAAAGUUAAGAAAAAAGAAAA